ACCAUCGUUCACUCACAUUUUGAACUCUCUCUCUCUCUCUCUCUCUCUCUCUCUCAUGGAGUGCCAUUCCUUAAUGAUUGCUGUCUUCGCACUUCUACUGGUUCCACACUCUGUCCUAGCCCGGAAGCCCUGCAAUUUCCCGGCCGUUUUCAACUUCGGCGACUCCAACUCUGACACCGGCGGCCUCUCCGCCGUCUUCGGACAGGCCCCGCCGCCCAAUGGCAUGUCCUAUUUCCAUGGUCCCGCCGGCCGCUACUGCGACGGCCGCCUCGUCAUUGAUUUCAUAGCCCAAAGCCUUGGAUUACCUUAUCUUAGCGCUUAUCUCAAUGCAUUGGGAGCCAAUUUCAGUCAUGGAGCCAAUUUUGCGACCGCUGGCUCAACUGUUAGGCCACAAAACAGGACUCUUCAGCAGAGUGGAUUUAGCCCCAUUUCGCUCGAUGUUCAGUACAAUGAAUUCUAUGACUUUCGUCGUAGAUCUCAGACCGUUCGUAAUCGACUGGGUGGGUUUUUUAAGCCAUUGUUGCCUAAGGAAACGAGCUUCGGUCGGGCACUGUACACGUUUGAUAUUGGUCAGAACGAUUUGACAAGUGGUUACUUCGCCAAUAUGACAGUCAAACAAGUUCGAGAUUACAUCCCUCAAGUGCUCGGCCAGUUCUCCACUAUUGUCAAGUGGGUGCACAGUCAAGGAGGAAGGUUCUUCUGGAUCCAUAACACAGGCCCGGUGGGGUGCCUUCCAUAUGUAUUGGACCGAAUGCCCGUUUCACCCUCCGACUACGACCAAUAUGGAUGUGCCAUUCCUUUCAAUGACUUGGCUCAAACUUUCAACCGUGGUCUCAAGGAUGCUGUGGUUAAGCUUCGCGCCGCCUUGCCUGAUGCCGCCCUCACCUACGUUGAUAUCUACUCCCUCAAAUACGACCUUGUUAGCCAACAUAAAAAACAUGGGUUCGAGUUUCCUUUGAGAACGUGUUGUGGGCAUGGUGGAAAGUACAACUUCAAUGUGAAGCUUGGAUGUGCGGGAAAGAAACGGAUGAAUGGGAAAGAUGUUUUGAUUGGAAAAGCUUGCGAAAAGCCAGAAGUGUAUGUGAAUUGGGACGGUGUUCAUUAUACUCAGGCCGCUAACAAAUGGAUCUUCAAUCAGAUUAAAACGGGUGCUUAUUCAGAUCCACCCAUCCCUUUGGAGAUGGCUUGUCAUAGAGCCUAAUUUAAUCCUAUCUCGUUACUAUGAUACUGUAGUUGUUGCUUUCUGCAAUCCACGAUCCCAUUUGAAGGGCUGGACACGAACAAUCUUAUCUUAUCUAAGUCGGAGUUUACCCUUGCAUUUCA